AUGGCGGAACGACUGUCACGACCGUAUGAAAAUAAGCUGGCCAUCGUUACUGGCGGCUCGCGAGGUAUCGGGGAAGCGGUAGCAAGGCGACUCGCUGCCAAGGGGGCCAAUCUUGUCGUAGCAUAUACGUCCGAGUCCUCCAAGGCGCGUGCCGAGGCUCUCGUCGCUGCGCUCUCAACCUCGCACAAUGUCCAGUGCGCCUCCGUCCAGGCUGACCUCUCCGAUCCGUCCGCCGCCGUACCGCGGGUCGUAUCGGCCGCGCGGGAGCUCUUCGCCGCCUACAGCCCGACGGGAAACUUCCAAAUCGACAUUCUGAUCAACAACGCAGGCGUGGCAUCCAACCAGCACCUGAACGAUCCGACGCUGGGCCCCGUCACGGCUGACGAAUUCAAUCGCGUAUACACGGUCAACGUCCUUGCACCUUUGCUCCUGACGCAAGCUGCGGCCCCGUACCUGCCCGCCAAUCGCUCCGGACGUAUUGUCAAUGUCUCCAGCGUCAGCUCAUCCAUCGGAUACCAGGGCCAGUCGGUGUACGCGGGUAGUAAGGCGGCCGUCGAGGCAAUGACGCGCACCUGGAGCAGGGAGCUGGCUGAAAAGGCGACGGUGAAUGCGGUGAACCCUGGCCCGGCAUGGGGGGACAUGUACGCGCAGGCGGGCGACAAGUUCUGGAAGAUCAACCAGCCGUUUGUGGAUGCGGCGCCGCUGGCGGCGUACAAUGGGGAGGAGGACGUAUUGAAAUUGCUUGGCGAUGAUGGCGAGCGGUUUGAUAGGACGGUGCGGAAUGGUAUGGCGGGGAGGAGGCCUGGCCUGACGGGCGAGAUUGCCGGGACGAUUGAUAUGUUGUGUUCGGAGGAGGCAGGUUGGACGACAGGGAGUGUGGUUUGCGCCAACGGCGGGAUGAAGAUGUCUAUUGCGUGA